UGACAUCUGUCAAUUCCGAAAUCGGAUUAAAAUAAACAGAGCAAAAUAUUUUAUUUCUCUUAUAUUUUGCAGAUUCAUUUACAAUAAUUUUAUAAAAAUGGUUUCCAGCGAGGAAGAAACAGACGUUAAAACGGAUGAUACAGUGCAAUGGGAUGUUGACAUGGAAAUACAAUUAUUCUACGCAAUGGCAAACCACAAACCGGUCGGAAUAAACAAACACUUUCAGAUGGCUUGCAUAUGCGAGAAACUGUCCAAUUCCAUAACAAAAGAUAUUUCUACGAAAGAUAUAUGGAAACAUCUAGAAACUUUGUACGAUGUUUCCAUGUUGGAUGAUACGGAACCGAUUCCUUUUCCAAACCAUGAAAUCCCUUUUAGUUUGCCGGAAAGCGAGUUUGGUGCGAUGAUGAAACAGAAAUGUAAGGAUGUGAUACUGGCUGAUGAUGGUGAAGGCAGCCGAAAAGAUACAAUCAGUGCUUUGGCCACAAAAUCAAGGAAGGAGAGUGGAAGUUCACACGCAUCCACCGACACACUGAGCAUCAAGUCUGAAAAGGACUAUGACAGAAGAAGAGAUUCACGCGAUUCAAACGCAUCAGGUCCAAGGGAUGGAUCAUCAAGUAGGAAGUCAUUGUCACAAAGAGAAAAAACGCAUAAGACAAAAGUCAGCUCUGUUGCAGCAUGGGAGUCACCGCUAAUAGACGAAGACUCCGGCUCGCGUCGCGGCCGGCGACGUACUAAUACGUCGACGCCUCCUGCCACCACGCCAGCCAAGCGCCGCAGAACUUGACACACAUACACAUACUCCUACCAUCACUUCUUCUGACGGUUACCACCAUGCUCCUGGUGGGCACUACGAAGACCGCCAAGAUGUCAUGCUGUUAGCAUGUUCUUCUAGUGGUUAAAGACUGUGAAUUUGUGAACCUGGGACUAUUUUCAUAAUAAAUUUGUUGGUGAACA